AUGCUCGACUCGAAGCCGCUGGCGUUUUGUGGUUUCCGCAAACACGCCCUAGAAAACGUCCCCCAAGGUUCCAUGAUUUUGACCAUCUUGACAGCUCGCUUCAACUCCAAUCCCUACUGGGUUACGAGACGGCGAAAAUUUCUUUCCGAUGUUCUCCUGACACCUCGUAGGAUGGAGAGAGUCAAAUCAGUCCCUAAGAACGAGGAUGGCGCAGGCGAUGAUACCAUCGAGGCCUUGGGAAAUGAAAAGCUGGUCGACAUAUUGGCCCACUCCAAGCCCAACUGGCUAGGCAGUGGGUAUCUGCGCAUGUAUCUCUUUUGCGCCCUCAUCUUUCUGACAUCAACUAUGAACGGACUUGACGGCAGCUUAAUGGGCAGCAUAAACACCCUCCCCAGCUACGUCAAAUAUUAUCACCUUCCCCCAUCAGGCAAUGCAGGAACAGGACUUGUCUUCGCGAUUUUCAAUGGUUCCAUAACUGCUACUUCCGCCGUUUAUGCAAGCCAUAAAUACCUUGGGAAUCAGGCGAACGCUGAUUGGCGUACCCCUUUAUGGGUUCAAAUGCUUUGCCCGGGGAUUGUAUGUCUGGGAAUUUGGUUCUGCCCUGAAUCUCCGAGAUGGCUGAUCGGGAACGAGCGAGAUGAUGAAGCAAGGGCCAUAUUGGUCAAAUACCACGCAAACGGUGACUCCAAUCACCCGCUGGUUAAACUUGAAAUGGCCGAAAUGGUCGAGUCUCUGAGAAGAGAAGGCAUGUUGACUUGGCGGAACUUUUUUGAUCUCCGGGUGCUCUUUAAGUCUCGUUCCCGUCGAUAUAGGAUGAUGCUCAAUGUCUCCUUUUCGUGGUUUGGGCAAUUCUCCGGUAACAACAUUGCAUCGUAUUACCUACCUUACCUCCUUGAAAACGUUGGAGUAGCCGAUACCAACACCAAGCUCCUCCUCAACAUCGUUUAUGCCAUCACAGGCUGGAUCCCAGCAAUGGUUGGGGCACGCUGCCACGAUAUAAUCGGGCGGCGCAAGAUGUUGCUAGGCUGUACCGCGGGCAUGGCAGUCUGCCUUGCAAUUGCUGCAGGUACGGCUGCCGGCUACAUCAACACUGGAAGCAGAUCGUCCUCAUCCGCCUCGAUCGCAUUUAUCUAUUUAUUUGGCUCGGUGUUUGCGUUCGCGUUCACCUCGAUGCAACCAGUGUAUCCCGGGGAGGUUAUGUCAAAUGAUAUGAGAGGCAAGGGCAUGGGCGUUUCCCAGCUUACUUCUGGCCUAGCGGGCUUUGUCAAUACCUUUGCGGCACCGGUUGCGUUGAAGAAUAUCAGAUAUUGGUUCUAUGUAUUCUUCGUCUUUUGGGACCUGUUCGAGUUUGCGUUUAUCUACUUCUUCUACGUGGAAACGAACGGACGCACGCUGGAAGAACUUGAUGAGGUGUUUGAAGCGCCUAAUCCGCGCAAAGCUAGUACGGCCCCUACUGCCUUGCCGCGACAACUUCCCGUCGGCCAAAUUGACGAAGAGGAGCCGAAGCACGAGGCUGUUGUUUAG